CCUGUACUUCCGGUUUCUCGUACAUUAGUAUCAACAUGGCAGAUGAAGCCACUAGGAAAAUAGUUUCUCAAAUACCGCUUUUAAAAACCAAUUCCGGCCCGAGAGACAAAGAGCUGUGGGUGCAGAGACUGCGAGAGGAAUAUCUGUCUCUAAUUAAAUAUGUCGAAAACAACAAAGCAGCUGAUAACGACUGGUUCCGUCUAGAAUCCAAUAAAGAGGGUACAAGGUGGUUUGGAAAAUGCUGGUACAUCCACGAGCUUCUUAAGUAUGAAUUUGACAUGGAAUUUGACAUUCCGGUUACGUAUCCGGCGACGGCGCCUGAAGUGGCGAUCCCUGAACUAGAUGGCAAGACGGCCAAGAUGUACAGGGGGGGUAAGAUCUGCUUGACGGAUCACUUCAAACCCCUUUGGGCGAGGAACGUGCCGAAAUUCGGCCUGGCUCAUCUGAUGGCUCUGGGACUCGGACCUUGGCUCGCCGUGGAGAUCCCAGACCUUAUUUCUAAGGGAAUAAUCCAGCACAAAGAACAGCAGGGCAGCUGAAACGUUUGAAAUGAGGGAGAAAUCAACAACCUGUCUUAACAUCCUAACCUGAUCUCACACACAUUUUACAGUGUGAAUGAAAAUCCACACACAUAUUGUAAAUUAAAAAACAAAACAAAACAACUAUCUACCCGAAUUCGGGACCAGUCUAGUUGAUGGACUUCUUGUAAAUGUACAUGUUUAAAAAAAUGUCUGUUUCCUUUGUGUCUUCAACCCUGAACGACUGACACCGAAUUAAACCACCGGCAUUAUAACAGUC